GCCCGUAAGUGUAGUGUGUAAUGUAGACAGGUAGUGGGUCUGUGGAGUGUGUCGUCGUUCCUUGGGGCAUGUGGCACCUGCGAGGCAGCUGUCGCCCCGCGCCCCGCCCGGAUCGCCUCACCCCCCCGCGGCCCGCGCAAUCGCGGCUAGCAGUUUUAUUUCACCGAAUAAAGUUUAUCAAACAAAGCGCUCGCUCGCGCCCUGCAUCUGCCCGGCCAGCUGUUCCCGGUGCAGGCGUGCGUCCCGCUCGCUCGCGCCGCGGCUGCGCAGGGGUGACAAGGACGGCGCGCGACGCGGCGGGCCCUUCGCUCCGGCCGCGCUCGCAGUCUGCAUCCCGACGCCGGCGGACGAGCUGCUAGGCUGCUACCAUGUCCAGCAAGAGGAAGUUGGAGGAGCGCGAGGAGGCGCGCGCCAAGCGGCCGCGGCGCCGGCUGCGCAGCAACAGCGAGCCGCAGCCUAUAGACGCCAACCAGGCGGAGAAGCGCGUGGCGCUGCGCCGGCUGUUCGGCCGCAUCCUGUCCGUGGAGGCGCGGCGGGAGGAGCGCGAGGAGGCGGCGGAGGCGGCGGAGGAGGUGGACGAGGGCGAGGACCCGCUGCUGGACGGCGUGCCCGUGGACCUGGAGGCGGAGGCGCUGGGCUUCCUGGUGUGCGCGCAGGAGACGCUGCGGUUCCUGCACACGCGCGGGCUGUCCAUGCAGCACCCCAUGUUCGCGCGGCUGCGGUCGCGCCUGCUGCAGGGCAUCUCCGACAUCGGGCUGGCCUGAGGCCGGCUGGGCCCCGAGCCCAACUAAGCCCGGCGGCGGACCAGUGCAGUGUUUUGUUUCUCGGUGUGUGAGGAUUCUUAAGUCGGGCGCGCAAGGUCGAGGUUACGCUCUUCACGCAACAGGUGCACCGGCUCUCUAGUCUCUAAUAUUCUAGUCACUCUUCAUUAUAUUAAAUACUUAAUGUUUUAAAGGAAUCGAAUAUCUGUCUAUAUAUUAUGUGAACAAUGAUUAAAAUCGUCCAAUUAAUUAUGUGA